AACAUAACUAUUUAUAAUUUAAUAGUGGUAACACUGUAGUAAGCAUAAUAUUAUUAGUGACUGUCAUUCUUUAUUAAAUAGAAAUAUUAUUUUCUUAUAUAUUAUUUUUAAAAUAUUGUAAAAAAUGUCAAUUGAAAUUGAAUCUGCUGACGUAAUUCGUUUAAUACAACAAUAUCUAAAAGAGUCGAAUCUUGUCAAAACAUUACAAACAUUGCAGGAAGAAACAGGUGUAUCAUUGAAUACAGUAGAUAGUGUAGAUGGUUUUGUAGCAGAUAUAAAUAAUGGGCAUUGGGAUACAGUAUUAAAAGCAAUACAAUCAUUAAAGUUACCAGAUAAAAAACUCAUUGAUUUAUACGAACAGGUUGUGCUAGAAUUAAUUGAACUACGAGAAUUAGGAGCAGCUCGAUCAUUAUUGCGACAAACAGAUCCUAUGAUUAUGAUGAAACAACAAGAACCUGAAAGAUAUAUACAUUUAGAAAAUUUACUUGCACGUUCAUAUUUUGACCCACGCGAAGCAUAUCCUGAUGGAAGUACAAAGGAAAAACGAAGAGCUUAUAUAGCUACAGCUCUUGCUGGUGAAGUAUCAGUUGUGCCAUCAAGUAGAUUACUUGCAUUAUUAGGACAAGCAUUAAAAUGGCAGCAACAUCAAGGUUUACUUCCACCUGGUACUACAAUAGAUUUGUUUAGAGGAAAAGCAGCAGUACGAGAUCAAGAAGAUGAAAAAUAUCCCACUCAACUUUCAAAACAAAUAAAAUUUGGUCAAAAAUCUCAUGUUGAAUGUGCAAGAUUUUCACCAGAUGGUCAAUAUUUGGUUACUGGUUCUGUUGAUGGAUUCAUUGAAGUAUGGAAUUUCACAACUGGUAAAAUCAGAAAAGAUUUAAAAUAUCAAGCUCAAGAUAAUUUUAUGAUGAUGGAGCAAGCUGUGUUAUCAAUGGCUUUUAGUCGUGAUAGUGAAAUGUUAGCUGGUGGUGGGCAAGAUGGCAAAAUAAAAGUAUGGAGAGUUCAAAGUGGACAAUGUUUAAGAAGAUUUGAAAAAGCUCAUUCAAAAGGUGUUACAUGUCUUCAAUUUAGUAGAGAUAACAGUCAAAUUUUAUCCGCAUCAUUUGAUACUACUAUAAGAAUACAUGGACUUAAAUCUGGAAAAACUUUAAAAGAAUUUCGUGGGCAUGCUUCUUUUGUGAAUGAAGUAGUGUUUGCACCAGAUGGACAUAAUUUAAUAAGUGCAUCAUCAGAUGGAACUGUAAAAGUUUGGAGUUUGAAAACAACAGAAUGUAUAGGUACAUACAAAUCUUUAGGAGCUGCAGAUUUAACUGUUAAUAGCAUUCAUCUUCUUCCUCGAAAUCCAGAACAUUUUGUAGUGUGUAAUCGUUCAAAUACAGUAGUAAUUAUGAAUAUGCAAGGACAAAUAGUGAGAUCAUUCUCUAGUGGAAAACGAGAGGGAGGUGACUUUGUGUGUACUGUUGUAAGUCCACGUGGUGAAUUUAUUUAUUGUGUUGGUGAAGAUCUUGUGCUUUAUUGUUUUUCUACAUCAUCGGGAAAACUUGAAAGAACUCUUAAUAUACAUGAAAAAGAUGUUAUAGGUUUAACACAUCAUCCACAUCAAAAUCUUUUAUGUUCUUAUAGUGAAGAUGGCCUUUUGAAAUUAUGGAAACCAUAAAAUCAAAUGUACUUUAAACAUUAUUUUUCAAUUCUAAUGAACUUUAAUUGUAUCAUAUAAUUGUUAUACAUCUUUUAUCCUUAAUUUUAGAAAUUAAGAAAUAGAUAAGGAUAUUCAUUUUUCUAAAAUUAGUUUUAUUGCACUUUAUACUAUAAUACAAUAAAAAUAUAUUACAUACGUU